UAUCCGAACUCGUGCAUGGGAGCCAAUUCCGUCUCUUUUCCUUUUUCCACCACUGUCACGAAGGAGUUGAAGUCGCCCACUCCGCUCCCCUCAACCAUAAAAUCCGACGAUAAUGCGCUCGUCAUCCACUCUCUACGGCGCCACUCUCCUUCUGCUCUCGGCGUAUGUCCGUGCUGACGGGACUGAGGCCAGUCAAGCUGCUAUCAAAGAUGCAACGGCAGAAUGUGCCUACUACUCGUACACGCCUGUUGCCAACGCCAUGGCAGCCACCCAGUUUCCCCCCAUCUGGCAGCCCGUCUCUGCCAUCCUGGCCAACGACGCUGAGGGCCAGGCCAAGUUUUCGGCUAUGAAGGCCAACAUCCCCAACAUCGCGCCCAAGGGCACUCUUGGUGUGCCGGACCCGAACGCCCUGUCAACGUACUCACCGUCUGACCCGGACUGCUGGUGGUCUUCCGCGCAAUGCACGACACCCAAAGCAGCUGGCGUGAACCCUGAUAUUGCCCUGGUCCCCGAGCCGGAGACCCUUGGUUACGGAUUCGACGACGGCCCCAACUGCUCUCACAACGCGUUUUAUGACUACUUGACCCAGCAGAAGCAGAAAGCCACUUUCUUCUACGUUGGUUCUAACGUCGUAGACUGGCCGCUCCAGGCUCAGCGCGCUGUCACGGAUAACCACGAAGUCUGUGUUCACUCCUGGUCGCACAGGUCGAUGACUGCUUUUACGAACGAACAAGUGUUUGGCGAGCUCUGGUACACGGUCAAAGCUAUCAAGCUCGUCACCGGUUACACUCCCACUUGCUGGCGUCCCCCUCUUGGUGACGUCGACGACCGUGUUCGAUUCAUCGCUCAACAGCUUGGCCUUACCAAUGUGCUCUGGAAAUACGAUUCCAAGGAUUGGGAGUCCGGUGAGAAUGGCGUCACCCCUGCCGAUGUCCAGAACAACUACAAUACCCUUAUCAAUGCGGCUAAAUCUGGAGCUUUCGCCAACAACGGUGCCAUCAUCCUGGCCCACGAGCUGAACAACUUUACCAUGCAGACUGCUGUUGACAAUUACCCGGCUCUUUCCAGUGUUUUCAAGCACAUUGUCCCCGUUUUUGCCGCCAUGAACAAGACGCAGCUUUACACCGAGACCAACUACACGGGUCCGAGCUUUGCCCAGUACAUUGGCAUCGCUAGUGCCAACUCGACUUCGACAGCGAGUGGCGCUCAAGGCUCUGCAUCCACCUCUGCCAAGACAGUCAACUCGACGACUGGCGCCGCGCAGGGAACGGGCGCAGCCGUCUCGAAUGUCCACCUGGGACCCGCUUCAUUGGUGGCGGCCUUGGUGAUGCUCAGUGCUGCGUACUGUCUUUGAGCUUGAGGAAGGCGAGGAAGAUCCUUGAAAGGACAUCAUACACACUACCUAUUGGCUACUCUGGAACCCCACUAACAGCAUCUCCACUGUAUACAUAGACUCCGUAUACCACCAUCCAUCCACACGUAGCAUCUCAUACUGCUUGUCGCUCAUUUUGACUACUCUCGUUUACAUUGUGCACUGAAUUCAGAGCACCGCUCCAAUCCACUCGGCUUUGAAGGCACCACUAUGAACAGCCAGCAGGCAGAUGCUGAUCAGACUCCCUGGCCCGAGUAGAAACCGGGCGGCGCAUAUGACUGCUACUCACUCUUGGAAGGAUCCUGCGACAGACAACCCCCCUGUCCAUGCAGGUGAUAUAGAUCCAAUCCCGGGCCUGAUGCCGACGGUGAUUUCGCGCAUUCGCGCAUUCAUAUCUGGCGUGGGUAGAAGAGUGCUGCUCGAGUUUGUUCAGGGUCUAUGCGCCUGAAUGUCGUGUGCGGGAGGCCAAAAGGAGAAACACCCGGCCGCAGAGGAAAAGGCUGCAGAGCACUAGGAUUGAAUAUUGAGUGGCGAGCGCUGAAUUUAUGUGAUCUCUUGGCUCUGAGGACAGGCAUUAGCUUUCUGCGUAGUUUCUUUGUCGCCGAUCGAAGCGGUUGCGAUCAAGCCAGUUCGGAUUCGGUCAUGUCCGAUCGCGAUUUUGAUGGUCUGUGUCUGUCUGAAUGGUUGGCUUUUGACAACUCCGAGCACUUUCCCUCAAACCCCUCUGUGCCCGCUUCUCAUCGCACGCAUGUCCCUUCCCCAGUUCUCGGUUCCUGUGCGCAUGCCUCCGCGACGCGCCUCGGGCAGGCUAACGCACAACAGCCGCCUGGAUCUACGCUUCGAAACGACUCGCCUCGGAAAUCGAAGUAUGCGAUGAUGCUCGCGUAAUCGAGUCCUUGCUCUCUGGAAGGGGGAGCCAGUGCGGGCGGAAAGAAAGGAAGGAGAUUCAGAAGGAAGUCCCGGUGUACAUAAAUCAGGGACGCUAGAGCCCAGUCGACCAUCCUUUCCCAACCCUUCUUUCCCCGCUGGUCAUGCGAAUCUUGUUUUCUGUGGUACUGGCUGCAGUGGCUACAGCAGCAGCAGCGGCUGCUCCACAUGCGAAACGCACGGCACUGCCGGGCGGGUGGGUGCGCGUGCGCCGGCACGCGUCCAACGCGACGAUCCCGCUCCUCCGAUUCGGGCUCACGCAGCCGAACUCGGACAUGAACACUCUGCAUGGGCUUCUGAACGACGUUUCACAUCCCGAGUCUCCGAACUACGGGGCUCAUUGGACGGCUGCGCGUGUGCAAGCUUAUUUUGCACCGAGUGCGGAGAGUGCGAGUGCGGUGCAGGGAUGGAUCCUUGCGGCCGGUGUCGACAGCUAUCGCGUCCGAGUGAGCAGGAGCGCGGGCUGGGUGGAAAUCGUCAAUGCUAGUGUGGCCGAGGCUGAAAAGUUACUGAGCACUGAAUACCAUGUCUUCACUCACGCAGCCACAGGAGUGAAGCAUGUCGCGUGCAACGAAUACCACCUUCCGGCCCAUAUUGCGCCGCAUGUCGAGCUGGUCACCCCCACAAUAGACUUUGCCGUUAUGCUUCCCAAGCCGGCUUCUACGCAUAUCAAGCUCAGCACGGAGGCCGUCUUCUCUGAAGCUGCCAACGGCGUCUCUCCGUCGCUCAGCAGCUGUGAUUCUCAGAUCACACCUAGCUGCCUCCGCGCGUUGUACAACUUCAAUUAUAUCCCGACUAUGGGCAGCAAGAACUCGCUCGGGAUUGUGGAAUACACACCGCAGUCGUACUCGCCUCCCGACCUCGACAUGUUCGCUCAGACUUUCCCCUCCAUCACAGGAGGGUCUCUCAAGGGGGUGCGGCCGACGUUCCACUCGAUCGACGGUGGCGUUCUCGAUACUUCGAAGAGCUUUUCGACCAACGGUGAAUCCGAUCUGGAUUUGGAAUAUGCGAUGAAUCUAGUGACGGACCGACAAACCGUUGAUCUGUAUCAGGUCGGAGAUCCUAUGAUGGGCGCCUCGUUCGGCAACUUCAUAGAUGCGAUUGAUGGGACGUAUUGCUCCUUCGAAGGCGGAGACGACCCUUUCUACGACGGAACUUACCCAGAUUCCGCUCCCGGUGGCUACCAAAAGCAGGACUGCGGGACGGUGAAGCCGGCGAAUGUGAUUUCGACGUCCUACGGAUACAACGAGGCGGACUUGUCGUACGAAUACUCCUUGCGCCAGUGCAAGGAGUAUGCCAAGCUCGGCAUGAUGGGCGUGACGAUCGUCUACUCGUCGGGCGACGGCGGUGUCGCGGGCAACGGCGACAUAUGCCUGAAUGCCGACGGGUCUCAGUCUUACGAUGGGAAGAUGUUCAACCCAUCGUUCCCGUCGACGUGUCCGUUCGUCACUGCAGUUGGUGCAACCCAGAUUGCCCGCGGAAAGACAGUGUCGGAUCCCGAAACUGCGUGCACGACGGUGAUCUACAGCGGCGGCGGAUUUAGCAACUACUUUGACAUGCCUCAGUAUCAAGCAGGCGCUGUGAAGGACUUCUUUACCAAAUAUCCGCCUACAUAUGGGUCGGAUGUCUUCAACAACUCACAGACGGCCCGCGCCUACCCCGAUAUCGCUGCCAACGGCGCCAACUAUGUCAUCGCUGUGGACGGUGUGUUCGGUCUAGUGUUUGGGACGUCUGCAUCCGCUCCGGUUGUUGCGGCCAUGCUCACGAUGAUUAACGACGCCAGAAUCGCCGUCGGGAAGUCCCGCAUCGGAUUCAUCAACCCGGCUGUCUACUCCCCAGCGUUCAGGGGCGCGUUCAAGGACAUCUCGCUCGGAUCCAACCCGGGCUGUGGCACUCAGGGCUUCAAUGCCACUCCUGGAUACGAUCCCGUGACUGGAUUGGGAACGCCCAUCUUCGAUAAGCUGAAGAGCAUCUGGUUACAAGCUCCUUGAAGAGAUUUAAUAUGACGGACUGAUCUUGAUAACUACUUUCUUUUCGCUUCUUGUAACGAUAUCGACAUCGCACACAUCGAAUACUCUAUCCUUCCCUUAUCUUGAGAUCAGUCAUUCAUUGCAGACUGUAUGUCUUUGAAUACACCGGAUUUCUACAAAAGUACAGGAUAAAUGUCAAGGACAAGGCCAUGACUACAUCUCGGACGAUUGUUCGGGUUCUUCGUCAUCCUCGUCAGCGUCCUCAUCACCUUCUUCGUCCUCCUCCUCCUCAUCCAGAUCCUCCAUGCUAGCAUCCAAGUCCUGCGUCGAGUCUCCGACGUCUUCGACGGACGGCGGGCUGUUCGAGCCUCCCGAGUCGCUGUCGCUUUCGUCGGACUCGGCCUAAUGGGAGUGCGAUGAUUACAACAUGCGACGUGAUUAAGAACGUCCGGCGCACGCACGUCGUUCUUCUCCUCCUGCUGCGUCAGAGUCCGGCCUAUAGGCACGAGAUGCCCGAAUCCGCGGUGCCGGAUCACCAGAUUCUGUAAGAGCAAGUCCUCGAGCUCCGUCUCCUCGUCACUCAGGUCGUCCAUCUCGCGCUGCAGAUUGCGCGAAGCAUUGAGGCGCCCGUACACGCGGCCCUGGAGCGGGAACGGGGCAGGCUGGGGCAGGGGUGCGUUCGGGAGGAGCCUGGGGAAGAUCGGGGGACGCGGAAGCACGGUCGGCGUGUAUAUUGACUGGGAGCCGGAGGACAUGGCCGUUGUGGGGCGCAGCACUGGCACUGGCAGGAGCGC